CAGAAAGGGAACAUACUCUAAUAUGUGGUCACCUGGUAGUCAAAGAAACGUUUACUAUGCAAAGAGCAAUACACCAAAAUGGAAACAUUUCUCACAAAAUUACAGAGAACGACGUGAGAUAUAUGAACAAUUACUUACAGUCGGAAAAAUCUUCAAUUUCGAUAUGAAGGCCUGCAUAAAACGAGCUAUGUGCGAAGUCAAUACCUACCUAAAACCAUAUGGUGUAUCGCUGAUGGAAGACAUUGUUCGAAUUCUUUUAACGGUACCAUCUUCUGUUAAUGAUGGCAACGAAUAUAAUUUUAAAACUGUGAACUGCGUACAGAAGUUUGCUAUAAGUUGCCCAUAUCGCGUCCUCGAAAUUUUAACCGGCAAUAUGCGACCAUAUAAAACAACCUAGGUAUAUGAAAGUAAAGGAUCAAAGAUUUAUUGACUGACAUUUGCAUUCAAAACAAUAGUAUCAAAUUUUUGGAAUAAACACACAAAUAAAUAUAUAAAAAACAUC